AUGUUUAAACGGUGUGUCAAGCCAGUGGCAGCUAAGCCAGGAGCGGACCCCACACUAGUGAUGUUCUCUGAUGCAUCAGAGAAAGCUAUGGGAGCUGUUGCAUACAUAAGGUACGAAGUGCAAGAUGGAAGAUAUGAGUCCCAUUUGAUGGCUUCCAAAAGUAGAGUUGCGCCGAUAGAAAUUACAAGCAUUGUUCGACUAGAAUUAAGUGCAGCAGUCUUGAGCAAACGGUUGGCGAAAACCAUAAUGGAGGAAACCAACAUUUGCUUUCAAAGAGUAUUUUAUAUCGUAGACAGCAUGAUUGUCCGUGCAAUGAUCCAGAAACAGAGUUAUGGAUUUAAAACCUUCGCGGCAACGCGCAUCGGUGAAAUCCAAAGACACACAGACCCCCAAGAUUGGUUUUGGAUUGCAGGAGAAGAUAAUGUGGCGGACAUUAUAUCAAGAGGUACUGAUCCUAGUGAGUUAAAGGAGAUGAAAGCAUGGCAAUGUGGCCCAGAGUUUUUAAAAUGGUCCGUAGAGGAGUGGCCAACGUCUCAGAGUUGUGGAAGUCAGGAACUCCCAGAAAGAGUUAAAGUAGUGCUGGCUGCCGAUGUUGAACCAGUGGUCACACUGACAAGUCUUUUUGAAUCCAAAGAAAGUUGGUGA